AUGAGGCAGUGGCAGUGGGCAUGGGUGUGGGUGUGGCUGGUUGGGCUGGGGGCUGUAGAAACAGCACCCAACCUGGAGAGUGCCAAGUCCUUGGCCCUGGGGCCACAAUCUCCACGCUUCAUAGACAGAUCUGACUUCUUUGAUUACUCAGAUUCAGACCAAGCCAGGCUCCUGGCCGUGGCGCAGUUUAUUGGAGAGAAACCUGUCAUCUUUGUUAACUCAGGUUCCAACCCUGGGUUCUUCCACCACAUCCUAGUGGGCGCUCUGGUGGUGGCCUUCUUCUUCCUCCUUUUCCAGUUCUGCACACACAUGAGCUGCCGGAAAGGGGCCUAAAGAGCCAGACAAGGGCGGUGGAUGCCACCCUGAGUGUCCAGACCCACCCUCGUCUCCUGC